AUGGGAAAGCAUAUACGAAUUUUAAAAAAUCAAUACCUACAAUUUAUGUCGAAGAGAUGUAUUCAAAACAAGGCGGCUUUUAACAUAUGCGGUAAAAUUAACGUAGAAAACCCUAUUGUAGAGUUAGAUGGAGAUGAAAUGACUAGAAUAAUUUGGAAAGAUAUAAAAGAAAAAUUAAUCUUACCAUAUGUUAACUUAAAGAUAAAAUAUUUUGAUUUAUCUAUUGAAAAUCGAGAUAAGACUAAUGAUCAAGUUACCAUAGAAGCUGCUGAAGAAAUAAAAAAAACUUCAGUAGGUAUAAAAUGUGCAACUAUAACACCUGAUGCUGCAAGAGUUAAAGAAUUUAAUUUAAAGGAAAUGUGGAAAAGUCCAAACGGUACUAUAAGAAAUAUAUUAGAUGGUACUGUUUUUAGAACACCUAUACUUAUUAAAAAUAUACCUAAACUAGUACCUAAUUGGAAGAAACCAAUUGUUAUAGGAAGACAUGCAUAUGCUGAUCAAUAUAAACAGAAAUCUUUAAAAAUCGAAAAAAGUGGGAAAUUUGAAAUUGUAUUUACUCCAGAUGAUAAUUCACAAGUACUUAGAGAAACUGUUUUUCAUUUUAAAUCUCCUGGUGUAUGUUUAGGUAUGUAUAAUACAGAAGAAUCUAUACGAAAUUUUGCAUUGUCUUGUUUUCAAUAUGCUUUAGAUCUUAAAAUGCCAGUUUAUAUGAGUACUAAAAGUACUAUACUAAAAAUAUAUGAUGGUUUAUUUAAAGAUAUUUUUGAUGAAAUUUAUGAAAAACAAUUUAAAAAAUCUUUUGAACAACAUAAUUUAUGGUAUGAACAUAAACUAAUUGAUGAUAUGGUUGCUCAAGUAUUAAAAUCAGAAGGUGGAUUUUUAUGGGCAUGUAAAAAUUAUGAUGGUGAUAUUCAAUCUGAUGCUGUUGCUCAAGGUUAUGGAAGUUUAGGAUUAAUGUCAUCUGUGUUAUUAUGUCCAGACGGUGUUACGUGUGUUUCAGAAGCUGCCCAUGGUACCGUCACUAGACAUUAUAGAGCUUAUCAAAAGGGAGAAAAAACAUCAACAAAUCCUAUAGCCUCUAUUUUUGCAUGGACCAAAGGAUUAGAACAUAGAGCAAAAUUAGAUAAAAAUGAUGAUUUAAAACAAUUUUGUUAUGCUUUAGAAAAGGCAUGUAUCGAAACGGUAGAAGAUGGAUUGAUGUCUAAAGAUCUAGCAGGAUGUAUUAAAGGUAUUAAAAAUGUUACUGAGAAGGAUUAUAUCUUUACUCAUGAUUUAAUCAAUGCUAUUAAUGAAAAACUAAAAUUAAAGAUACUUCAAAAUCAAUCCAAAAAUGAUCCACAAGCUACUUCAUAUAAAUUGAAAAACGAUAACUGGAAUUUUUAUGCUCCCCAAGAACAUUCAACAUAA